AUGAGUCACGCCGACUGCGAAUCCAAGGAUCUCCAGAUACACAUGCUGUUGACUGCGGCACAAUGGAAGCGACUGGCGACGGCUACUGCGAUGACCGCCAAGGACCAGGCCAAGGACAAGCAAGUAGCGAAACUCAAGGCCGACGUCCAGCUCUUGCUCAGUCUGGAGCAAGACCGCAGUGACGACGGCGACGACGACGACAACUUGGUGCAUGCAGAGGUAACACCCUGCGCGUACUUGGAUCCAAACUACGAAGCGCAGCCUCCAGCGUACAUGGACACGGACGACCCUUGGAUCAGCGACGGCUACGCAGUCUUGUAG